CAGCUGUUUUUAUUUGGAAUUUGAGUUCGAGGACAAACAUUUUAUUAUUUCUUUUAACUCUUUGUCAAAUGAUGUUUUCAUUUUGAAUAUCACAAAAUUAUGAAUCCGCUUCGAGGCAGUUUAGCAAGUAUACCAGGAGCUUUGAGCUCCUUCAUCAGUGAAAGUGCUUCCAGUUUAUUACAAUAUAAUAGUUUGAACAAUAGUGCUGCAGGGGCUCAAGAUGAUGACGUUAGUUCUACUACGUCUCAAAGUGAUAAAUCAUAUCCCAUACCAUCAUCAUUAGUAAAAGAACAAUGGCGAUUAAUCUUUACUUCCGACGCUAAUGUCCAAGAUUUGGAAGCUGCAAUCGCCCAUUGUCGUGAUUUGGUUAUGAUCUCAGAUGAAUGUAGUGAAGAACGCCGUUGGUUAGUACGCCAUUUAGUCGAUUUACGUUACUCUCUUAAAGAGCUACAAUCGGCAGAGUCUGAUCCUUUGGAAAUAGCUCCUCAUGUAAAGACAGUUGUGGGUCAUCACUUCAACGUUCAGCGAAGUGGUCAUAUUGGUGCACGUCAAUAUUGUGAUCAUUGUAGUGGCCUCAUAUGGAGAAUGAUCCAAUCAAGUUAUGUGUGUACAGACUGCAAUUUUAUAGCGCAUCAAAAGUGUGUGGACAGUAUAAUACGAAUAUGUGCGCAUGUAGUAGCGUCCGAACGGCGCUACCCUAUCAACGAUAUAUGUCCAGAAAUUGGAUUGGCGGCUCAGAGAUAUAAGUGUCCUGAAUGUGGAAUUUUACUCAAUUUUACUCUACCCAAGCCGAUUAGCUGUUUUGGUUCAAAUAAAACAGAGGAAAACUCGUGGAUUGAACCUCGACUUUGCGAUUACAGUGGUCUUUAUUAUUGUCCAAAUUGUCAUUGGAAUGAUUAUAGCAUCAUACCCGCUCGUGUUGUCCAUAAUUGGGAUUUUACACUAUACAAAGUAUCACGUGCUUCGCUUCAGGAAAUAAAUCUAUUUUACGAAAAACCUUUGAUAAAGCUGGAGGAGGCUAAUCCGAAAUUAUUUGUAUUCUUGGAGAAAUUGGGAAGUGUAAAGAAGUUACGCCAAAAUUUAUUUUACAUGAGAAAAUAUUUGCUGGAAUGCCGCCCAGCAACUGAGGAAAAGCUUCUGGAUAAGCAAAUAACUAAUCAUCUUAACAACGACAAUGUUGGUGCUAAUGAAUCACGUCGCCAUCUAAUACAAUCCACCGAAUUUUAUUCAAUAAAUGAUUUAGAACUUAUUGAAAAGGGCAUUUUAGUCGAUUAUUUGCAAAAAGUGUUUAAUGCUUUUGAUCAGCAUAUACGGAACUGCGAACUGUGCCGCGCCAAGGCGUACAUAUGUGAGAUUUGCGGCAAUAAUGAAGUGAUAUUUCCUUUCGAUGAUGGUUGUAUUAUGUGUAAUAAAUGUAAUUCUAUCUACCAUCGUGUUUGCAUGACCCGAAAAAAUAUGUCAUGUCCGAAAUGUAUACGUUUGCAAGAGCGGAAAAAUCAUUUAGGAAAUGUUAAUGCUGAAGAUAUAAGUGAUACGGACGAUAUUUAGUAGUUUAAGUCUUUAAAAUGAUAAAUUAGAAUUAAUGCUUUGUAACCACAUACAUAUGUAUAUUUUUUAAUUAUAUUUUUUAUGUAUAAUACCUAAAAUUGUCCUGUAUAUAAAUAUUGUAUGUACAUAAUUAUUUACAUGUUCGAUUGUCUUUUGAUAUUUACGGAAAAUAUUAAAUUCAAAUAUACUUUAAAAAAUUA